CCCCCCCCUUUCCCCGGAGGCUCGGGCGGAGCAGCACCGCCGGCGAGGACAGAGGGCCGCAGCCCGGGCCUGACGGGUGAGCAGUCGGGCACGUGAACGCCCACCUCCAGCUUGGCUCAGUGCCCGGCGGCGGCGGCGGCCCCGCGGUGCCCCCCGGCGUCUCCGCCCGGCCCCUGCGCGCCGCCUCUGCGCUCUGCGUAGUGAUUGCAGUUCCUGCUAGCGCCCCGCUCGCUCCCGGAACGCGUGUGAGGAGGACCGCCGCUGCCGAGCCCGCCCGAGCCAUCGGCGUGGCGCCAGGAGCCGCUGCUCGGGAUAUGCGACGGGAGGCCGCCGGCACAGCGCAGGCAGCGGCCCCGCCGCGCCGGGAGAGCCGGGCGACAGCAGAUUGGUCCUUCAGAGGAACCAUCUCUGAUUGCAUCUUCACUCUGAGCUACGACUGCUUCCCAGUGGGAGCGCUGCUGCGGGGAGAGCUCUGAGAUUUUCCCGAAGAGAAAUUCCAUGGGGACUGUACCUGACCCUCUGAGAUCGGCUACAACUUCCCUGAUUGCAGCUUCUGGAAAAGAAGAGGACCUAGGAGAGGUUCAGGCUGCUUCACCGCGGCCUCAACCAGCCCUCCUGGGUAGGAACACCAAUGGCCUUUCCGGCACUCCUGCAGAGCCAGCCCUCAGUCCCAGGACAGCUGCUGAGGCCCUGACGCAGACCACUGAGCAUGAGACCACACAGCCAGCCGUGUCGUCCGCUGGCAUUGUCAGUGAGGUGGGGGAAGCAUCCCCCACGCUCGACUCUCCCGGCAAUACCCAGCUGCCAGGGAGCGGGGAGCCCCCAGCACCGGCCCCACGUCCUGCAGCAGGAAAGGAUCCGAUACACGUAACAUCUACCGCGCCGGCCGAUCCGCACGCCCACCCGGCCAUCCCAGGGGACCAGCCCAACUGCAGCCUCCCAUCAGGACCUGAAGACACCCUGGUGGAACCACAGAGAACUGCGGAUGGAGAGCAAGCUGAGAAGUCAAGUUGUCCGGCGGCAGGGGUCCGCGGCAAAGAUCAGGUGCCCCCUGGUUUUCCCUCUCAGGAAACAAUCCAGGGAAGCGUGCGACCUGCAGAUACAGCAGCCAAGACGUUCGGUCCUGCCCCCGCUCCCGCAGGUGGACCUGAAGGGGAAAGGCGGCAAGCCGUUUGCGGUUCCCAGACGAGGUCCUGUGACCCUCCAGCCGGAGAAGGUAGAUGUUCGGAGGACAAACCACCCUCUCCCACGACCUCAGACCCCCAGGCCGUGACGUCGGUGGCACCUCAGCCAUCCCGCCUCCCUAGCGGAGGGUCCACGUUUCCUCCGGAUCCGGAGAAGAUGCUGCCGCCAGCCCAGCCUCAGGGGUCAAGGUUCAGAGAAGUGAGCACGAUGACCCACCAAGCUGAAAAUGAGAUCAAGCAGGCUCCGCCCAGGGCUCAGCAAGACGCUGAGGUGCAGGCGGUGGCGAGUGUCGAGAGCAGAUCCGUGUCCACCAGCCCCAGCAUUCUCGCCGCGUUCUUAAAGGAAACCCCCGCUCCGGAGCAGUUCCGACGAGAGCAGCUGCGUGUCGUCUGCCGCGGCGGUGGCCGCCUGAGCCGCACAUUGGAGCUGUCUGCAAGCACCCCAGCCCCCCGGGAGGCGGGUCGGUGCCUUGGCACCACGCCAGAGGUGCACAUCCAGCCAGCCGCAGCUGUCUCUGCAGCUUUCCGGGGGGAAGGAACAUCCGUGAGCCUACCGGCUGAGGUCCUUAAAAGCGCGUCAACCAAUGUGGCAUCCAGUAAUGCUCAGGCUACGUGUAAAGAAGAUGGGAGGUCAGCAGGACUGACCCAGGUGGGGCAAGAGCCCGCCUCUAGACAGCUUUGGGGCACUAAUUCUACCUCCCUGAAAGCUAGCCUCGGUGACCAGGUUUCUGUCAGUGCAGGAUGUCAAGCUGAAACAAGUCACGGAUUAGGGGGAUUUGAAACGAAGCCAUCUGAGUUUGCAGCGGAAACCACCAAUGGCCACACACCAGACCCAGACCGGAGACUCUCCAACCCUUGUGGCCCUGCCAGCAGAGCUGACCAGUCCGGGAACUUGGAUCUCACGAAUCAAGGGGACGCAAGAGAGAAGAAGCUUGCAUCUCCUCAGAUAGUAAGAGAACAAGGAUCUCCUGGCAUCGAUAUCCUGGACCCGAGGGCAAGGGCAGAGGCCAAAAGCGUACUGCUCAAUCCUAAACCUCCAGAAAGUAGAGGCACCGCCCCAGCGGCGAGUCCUACACCCUCGCCAGUUAGAAGGAGCCAGGAGGGCAGCGUGGAAGAAAACAGACAGCCCAAGACAGCCACCAGCCUAAGCCUGCCGUCUGACUCGAUGGGGGACUCCAGUCCCGGUUCUGGCAAGAGAACCCCUUCUCGCUCCGUCAAAGCCAGUCCCCGCCGGGCCAGCCGGGUCAGCGAGUUCCUCAAGGAGCAGAAGUUAAACGUGACGGCAGCUGCCGCCCAGGUGGGACUCACUCCGGGAGAGAAGAAGAAGCACCUGGGUGCUGACUCCAGGCUGCAGUUGAAACAGUCCAGGCGUGUCCGGGACGUGGUGUGGGACGAGCAGGGCAUGACCUGGGAGGUGUACGGCGCUUCCCUGGACCCAGAGUCCCUGGGCGUCGCCAUCCAGAACCAUUUACAGCGACAAAUCAGGGAACACGAGAAAUUAAUCAAAGGUCAAAACAGCCAGAGCCGGAGAUCCAUCUCCUCGGAUACUUCUUCAAAUAAAAAGCUCAAAGGCAGGCAGCCCAGUGUUCUGCAGACCAUGUUGCAGAACUUUCGACGGCCCAACUGCUGCGUUCGUCCCGCUCCUUCUUCUGUGUUAGAUUGAAAAGGAACAUGUACGGGAGCCCUUGUAUACUUUUACGGUCUUCAUAGAUAUCCCUCUGUCUGUGUCAAAGCUUACUUAGUGUUUUCUGAGAGACCAGGAAGAGAAAGCAUUAACUUGAGGAAAACUGCUAUUAAGGAUCGUGGCGUCCUUUGAUUGGGGGUCCAUAAAUAAUACAUCAUUUCAGUUUGAAAGAAAGAAAAGAAGCAAGCUUCACUGACGGUUUACGACCUUAAUUAAGAGGAAAUAACAUUCAGUGGGUUUUUUAAUAUGAUGUUGCUUAUAGAAUAACAUGAUCAUUACACGUGUCAUUUUGUAUUACUCACUCAAUUUAUCACACUGUGGUAUUUGCAUUAAAAUCCCUGCUUUAUAUUAAAAAUAGCAAAAACACUCUUAGCAAAAACACGGUUAUACUUUCUAGUCCAUUGCAAUAAGAAUGCUGAUACCACACAAAAUUCAAGCAGGUGAUGAGAAGUAUCAUGUAAAAAAUGGAAACAAAUUUGACUCAUUCCUCGGCCAGAAGAUAAUAAAUAAAAGCAUUUAAAUGCAUAAAAUGCCAAAUAUGAAGUAAUAUUUGUAAACAUCUGCAGAUAACCCUUUUUAUGAACCUUGUUAUACCCGUUAAUAAACGUAAGAAAGUCAUAUUAGGAAAAAAAUUAGCACAGCAUUUGACUAUGAAUACCGCCCACAUAAAACAUGAAUUUAUGUAUACACAUUUUCCUGCACUGAAGGAAAGGGUCAUCUCUGUGAUUGUAACUAGAUUAAAUUCAUAUUUCCUUACCCUAGAGGAAGUACGUGUGACUGAAUUCUUGAAGAGAGUCCUCAAAUUAUUGAUAAUACUAAAUUUUAUGUUGUUCAGGUGUUCUCCGACGACAUUCUACUGAGAAAGUUAUGGUUCUGGUAAGGAAUUAUAAAUAGCCAAUUACCAAACACUUUUUUCUGUGUUGAAAAAAAGAAAGCCUCCUGAGUAACAGAAACAAGAGGUUUAACUGAGACUCCUAUAAACAGGAUUCAUUUUUUUGUUUUGUUUUGAUUUGGUUCAGUAGCUUCUCAUAGAAAAUGUAGUCAAAUAGAAAUGAACUCACUUACUGUUUUUGUAUUUAGACUAAUAUCGUCUAAUUACUUAAGUCUAAUCUGUGGUAAAAAGGUAACCUCUGCAAGCCUCUUGAUUUUAAGAGAAAUACCAUCAUAUCUCAUCCUUCAAACCCAAAAAAAGAAGCCGCCUGUACAAAAACAUGGUUUGAGCUUUGGGUGGGCUUGGUCCUUGAGAACACAGGCACCUGUUUGAGCUGAGCCCUCAGCUGUCUCCAUAGGGGAGCGUGUCCCUGGGGUCCCUGAGUGCUGUGCAGGGCACUGGGCUGGGGUGACCAACAGUGGCUUGAGUCAGGGUAGUGAGGAAGAGGGGAGUGAGCGAGGGUCCUUGAAAGGCUUCGCCUCCUGGACCUGCAGGGAGGUUGCUGGUUUCCACCUUGCUUUUAGAAAAUCUCUGUUAGAGGUUGGAGGGACAUUGGCUGCCUUCUCUAAACGCACUGCCCUUGAUGAGCCAGAAAAGAUUGUCUGGCCUUGUAUUCUGUCUCCAGAGAUUCAUAAAUGCCAUUUGUGCGGUAAAUGCACAGUUUCUGUUUUGGCUUUUUUUUUUUUUUUUUUAAAUUCUCUUUUGAAGAUUCUGAAUCUAUGGGGGUGCGGGGAUCUCAUAGGUAAACUUUAACACCACAAGCUACACUGGACAUAACCUGAAUUAGUAAAUAGCCAUUGAUUCCUUUCAAAGCCAUUGGACUGUCAAUGAAGCCUGUAUCAGUAGACCAGUCACAGCAUUCUCAGAGCCCGAGAAUGGCAAUUAGAGUUGUUAGACUUGAAACUUACAAUGAAUUUUUUAAUAGAGCACGUGUUUCAGUUUCUUACCAAUUGGCCUCUAGUAAGAAAGCUAUCUAAAGUAGAAAUUACCAUCAAAUUAGCCGUCAAAUUAUUAUUAGUGAAUUGAGCCUAAAACUCUCUUUUGACCUUAAAUACCCAUGUGUCGUAGUGUUUAUGUCACUUCUGUAGAAGAUGCCUUUGCCAGUACGUAACCUCCCUCCUCUCUCGCUCACUGACUGUCUCCCUCACACGUGCUGUGUACACACGGAGAACACCUUCUGUACACAGUGGCAGCUGUCAGCAGUACCCAUUCCAGACGGGCGGGCCCCACGUCACCCUCUGCUCUGAACUGGCUGGAACAGGCUGUUCCCUGCAUUAAAAUAGGAGGAGGAAAGGAAGAAUUCAGCAUCUGGUAAUAAUAUUUGUUUUCAUGAGUUUGGAGUAACCACAUGAUUUAUAAAUAGUAAAAGGAAACAGAGACCGAAGAGAGUUGUAGGCAUUUGUCACACAUUAAAAAUAAAUUAAUAAAAUAUAAUAAAUUAAAACUGAAUUUGGUGUUGUAGAUAUGCCCCUCAAAGUAAAGCUUAAUGUGUGAUGGAGUCACUUUAGCUGACUUUCUUUGGGACUGAAACUAACCUUUACUUCUUAAUCUUUCAUUUUUUACUUUCGAUCUUUACCACACUCUAAAGACUGUCACAAAAUGUUGUGAAAGCUUUCUUCUCGCUUGCUGAAUCUUAUAGAAGGAACAGCUUUGAAAAACAAGUCACAGAAGUAGCUCAUUCAGUGAACAGGAGCCUAUUUAAGACAGCAGUGUUUCUGCAUUAUGAUCCCCCAAGGACCCUCAGGACAAAACCUUGAUUUGAAAAUGUUCUUUCACUUCGAUCUGUGACACAGCAUACACAUUCAGGACAUCAUUUGUGGUUCCUUAGGUUCAUUCAACAAAUGAAGUUUCAAAAUAAUUUUCAUGGCAGACUUUUUGAACUUGUUCUUCUUUUCCUUACCUGCAUGAUACACAUCGGGUUGAAAGCUGUUUUUCUCCUUAAUUUCUUUUAGUUAUGUUUUGGUCCUUUUUAAUGCAUUUUAGUUGUUGAAAUAAAUG